GUUGACGCUUAUUUGUUUAAAAUACGUACAGGUAAUAAUUUUAUUUUUUUUUCUCCAAUAUAAUUUGUCCGCCGAAACAUAUGUUCGGAACACUUGCGGCGAUACCGUUUUUGCAAGAUGGGUAUAAAACUGAGUAAUUUUUUCAUCUGAAUUUGUUAUAUUUCUCGUCGUACCUGUGAGUGUAAAUAUUAUAUAAAUAGAGUUAUAAGAUAUAAUUUAAUUUUUUUAAUUUUUUUUUAUAUAAAUACACACCAUGAGAGGUUUCAAACUUUACGCUAUCAUCGUGGUAAUAUUGUGCUUGACAUUACAGGUAAAUGAUAAUAAUAAAAAAAAAACUAUUGUAUAAUAAUAAUGCGUACAGCCGUGAAGUAUGAAUGACAAUUUGGGCAACUGCGCAUUUAUCCAUUGAUAUAAAAGUAAAUGUUUUUGUGCUUGUGCUUGAUCUAUGACCGAAUCAAUCACGUGCGAAGGUCUGACAAUAUUUACAUCCCUAGAAGCGAAUGAACAGGUCCGACGGUCCGUGUACUACAUAUAUUGAAGUCGGAUUUCCGAAAUUUAAUUCCUAAACCCUUUUUAGGAUCGCACUUGAUAAUUUGAGAACAAAAAUCUCACUAGAUGGUGACACGGAUGAAUAAAAAGAUGGUUAUUUUAGUUUUGAAGGGCCGAGAAAAUGGGGAGAAAACAGGGGUACACCACGUAAAAUUGAAUUUAUUUUAUCUAUUUAAUUUCGCUUUUAGAAAGUAGAAAGUAAGACAAAAGGGAAUUUACGGAAAUAACAGUUUAAUUAUUUUCAAUUUUAGAUUCGGAAGCGUAGCUAGGAAGGUUCAUUAUAAGUCGCACUUAGUGAUCAGCAAAAAAAUUGAUUGUAAUGUAGGUAAUAUAUUUGGAUAUUUUUAUAAGAGUUAAAAUCAAAUUUUGACAAAAAUUGUCAAUAUUAUUUUUCACAUUUAUGUUUUCGGUAGAAUAAUAAUAUAAUUUGCAUUUAUGGUAUUUUUAAAUGUAUUCUGUAAAAACGUUUGUGUAAUUUGUUUUCCAAAUUGCAUAACCACCUCAUAUUUUUUUUGUGUGUUUCACUAGUAAAUAUUGUCACCAUCCCUUAAUAUUCAAUGAGGAUUAAAUCCACUCCUGUCUGGAAUAUACAUUACAGCCUGCUAGUUAAGAUUAACAGUAAAUGUAUCGAAUAUUUUUCUUCUUUCAGUUUUUGGGCCAUUUAGGUCCAAGGCUGCAUCACACUUCGUUCCAUUUGUCUCUUACCAAUAUCAAUUUUUUGUAGUUUCUUACUCAUAAGCUUCCCACAUAUUUUUCAACUUUGUCAGGUACCAUAUAUUAUUAUGUUAUAUAAUAUGGAACCAAUAAUAACCGUAAGUCACGUGUGCACAGGAAGCGAGUUGCAAAAAGUCCAAGCCCAUCCCGAAGACGGUAUCCGAUUCCGAUGUGGAAGAUAAGAUGUACGAAGACUUGAAAAGUGUCCAGCAGUCGGUAUCCGAAGAGGAGGAGACAGGGGUACUUUACAACUGCGAAGAAUAUAAGUCAAAUAUCUGGGAGAAGGCGCUCAGUUCCCAGGAUGCAAUGCCUUUAGUGGAAAAUACGUUGGCAACGGCCAAGGUGAUGGGCACGGAUGAGGUAUGCUCGGACACGACUCGGGCAUUAUUCAACUUUAUUGAUGUGAUCGGUACCAACGAUUUCGCGUUCUACUCGAUGCGCAUGAUAUACAAGAUGAUUACGGUUAUCAUACGGGACACCAAUACCUCGUCAUUGAUAUACAAAGAGACGCAAAAAGUGUUCAACAAGAUUCUCACGGACCCGGCCAUCCGGGAGCUCACUUUGUUGUCGCUCCUCCGCCCCCUAGAAAUGGUGAAGGAUGAGGUCAUCAGAAAACGAGCACUCAGGACGUUGAUAGCUAUAACCAAAAUGGUCAAACCGCCCAAUACCGAGGAAAACACCAAUCCUUCCAAUCCAAAAGAGACGGCUAAUUAAUGUGUUUUAUGAGAAGGUAAAAUACUAAUGCGGUCGAUACCCUACACUUAUAUUUAGGUGAUUUUCAUAAAACAUAAAACCAAAAAAUAAUAAAAAAAUAUCGGAAAAUAUCAAAUACCAUUGUGAGAAAUAAAGACCUAUAAUCGCUACCACGGUUGGAUCACAAUGAUCUAUAAUAUACAUCAUACCUAGUAUAUUAUACUAAAGAUAUUAAUAUUGUUUAAACUAUGAUUGUUAUUCCUAAAUACAUACAAAUAUUUAAUAAUUUGUAAAUAUUGUUUUAUACGUGAGUCAUAUAUUCUAUUAUAGUUUAUGUGUAGGAAAUAUGAUUUAUCGAACUUCUUAGGAAUAAAUUAAUAUAGCAUAAUAGGUAUCUCUUAAAUUUUGAUUGUGAUAUUGAUUCUAACAAUAUACUUUAAUAAUUCUAAAAACG